AUGGCUGAGACUUAUAGCAUUGACGAGAGGGUGAAAGAAUACUUAUUCGAUAUUGGAUAUCACAGAUGGUCUAUUGCACACUCAAAUGUUAAUAGAUUUAUGGUGAUGACUUCAAAUAUUGCCGAAUCUGUGAAUGCAGCUGAUAAGGAGGCCAGAGAUCUUCUUAUAUAUGAUUUGCUGGAUUACUUGAUGAAGAUGAUUGGUCGCUGGAACAAUACAAAUAGAAAUGAAGCAAUUGCAACAGGCACAACACUCAGCACAAAAUAUGAACACCUAAUGAGGGAGAAAAUGAAGGAAUCACUGGGAAUGAUGGUUGUCCCAUCAACGGAAUACUUGUAUACAGUUUAUGAUGGAGGUAAACGUCAUAUAGUCAAUAUGCGUGAAAGGAUAUGCACAUGUAGGCAAUUUCAAAUGGAUGUUAUGCCGUGUAAGCAUGCUUUGGCUAUUGUGAGAAAAUACUACAUGAGUGAAUAUGAAUAUUGCUCUGUAUAUUACAAGAAAGAUAACCUAUUAAACACAUAUGAAGUUCCAGUGUAUCCAAUUCCUGACGAGAGUAUAUGGGAAAUUCCUCCGGAUGUUGCAGCGGAUAUUGUCCUACCACCCAAAGGAAAAAUCAAACCUGGCAGGCCACAAAAGAUAAGGUACAAAAAUGGUGGUGAAUCAAGACCAAAGAAGUCAAGAAUAUGA